AUGGAAGCGCUCACCUUCCCCCAAUACAGCCCCGACGAUAUCAUCGCUUACCUCCGCGGCCUCAUCCUAACGGGUGCCGAGGCCCGGAACCUGGUCAAAGGUGACGUGUUCGGCAACCCCAAGCUCGAAGUUUUACACAUGAUUUACAUGAGAGUCCUGCAGAAAGUAUGUGGAAUCCGCCUGGAGCAUUUUUACAUGAUGCCACUCAACAUGGGCGUAAUGUAUCCACAGAUAUUUGAAGGCUUUCUACCUGUUUGUAAUUUGUAUAUUCACAUGGAGCGGUUACUUCCAGUGUGCCAGAUUAAUGAUUUUCAAAUUGCUGAUGUGUUAAACCCAAAAACAAAGAGGACAGUUCGCUUCUUGAGUGGUAUUCUCAACUUCGUACAUUUCAGAGAAUCACGACGUGAGGUCUACUUGGAGUUACAACAGAACUAUAAAUCAGCUAUGGAGAAACACCAACAACUGGAGACUGCAAAUCAGGAGGCAGCAGCAAAACUGGAGAAACUGAACACCGUUCCAGUUGAACAUCAAGCGGAGGUCAAGCAACUGACAGAUAACAUUCGAGAACUGGAACAACUACUAAGGCAAGACUAUCGUCGAAAACAAACAGCUCUGCAAGAAGUAAUUUCACAGAAGAAGUCGACUAUUGCAGAGAGUACUCGAAAACUG